CCCCGCGCAGCCAGCAUGUCCAUCCACCUGGGCUCGCAGGUGUUCAGCUCGCGCUCCGCCGCCUUCCCGGGGCGCGGGUUGCAGGUGCGCCUGAGCUCGGCGCGCCCCGGGGGCUUCGGCAGCCGCAGCCUCUUGGGCCUGGGCGCGUCGCGGCCGCGCGUGGCCGUGCGCUCGGCCUCGGGGGGCCCCGGGGGCGCGGGCAUCCGCCAGGUCACGGUCAACCAGAGCCUGCUGGCCCCGCUGCGGGUGGACAUCGACCCCGCCAUCCAGCAGGUGCGCCGGGAGGAGCGCGAGCAGAUCAAGACCCUCAACAACAGGUUCGCCUCCUUCAUCGACAAGGUGCGCUUCCUGGAGCAGCAGAACAAGCUGCUGGAGACCAAGUGGGCCCUGCUGCAGGAGCAGAGGUCGGCCCGGAGCAGCUGCCUCCCCAGCAUCUUCGAGGCCCACAUCGCUGGCCUGCGGAGGCACCUCGAGGGGCUACAGACGGAUGGAGGCCGCCUGGAGGUGGAGCUGCGGAACAUGCAGGACGUCCUGGAGGACUUCAAGAACAAGUACGAGGAUGAGAUUAACCGUCGCACAGCCGCUGAGAAUGAAUUCGUGGUGCUCAAAAAGGAUGUCGAUGCCGCCUACAUGAGCAAGGUGGAGUUAGAGGCGAAGGUGGAGGCCCUGAACGAUGAGAUCAACUUCUUCAAGACCUUAUAUGAGACGGAGUUGGCGGAGCUGCAGUCCCAGAUCUCGGACACGUCCGUGGUGCUGUCCAUGGACAACAGCCGCUCCCUGGACCUGGACGGCAUCAUCGCCGAGGUCAAGGCCCAGUACGAGGAGAUGGCCAACCGCAGCCGGGCCGAGACUGAGACCAUGUACCAGAGCAAGUUUGAGACCCUCCAGGCCCAGGCUGGGAAGCACGGGGACGACCUCCGUAACACCCGGAACGAGAUCGCAGAGAUGAACCGUGCCAUCCAGAGGCUGCAGGCUGAGAUCGACAACAUCAAGAACCAGCGCGCCAAGUUGGAGGCUGCCAUUGCUGAGGCCGAAGAACGUGGAGAGCUGGCCCUCAAGGACGCACAUGCCAAGCAGGAGGAGCUGGAGGCCGCCCUGCAGCGAGCCAAGCAGGACAUGGCCCGGCAGCUGCGCGAGUACCAGGAGCUCAUGAACGUCAAGCUGGCCCUGGACAUCGAGAUCGCCACCUACCGCAAGCUGCUGGAGGGCGAGGAGAGCCGGUUGGCCGGAGAUGGCGUGGGAGCCGUGAACAUCUCUGUGGUGAACUCCACUGGCGGAGGCGGCAGCGGCCUGAGCUUCGGGGGGACCAUGGGCAGCAAUGCCCUGAGCUUCUCCAGCGGCGGCGGACCUGGUGCCUUCAGGUCCUAUUCCAUCAGGACCUCAGCUGCCACCCAUAGGAGCAUUCGGAAAUGAGCUGCGGUGUGCGGAGACCUGUACCCCUACCUACCCACCCCCCUCUAGCCCCCCAGUCACAUGAGGGCUCCCAUCCCUGAUACCAAGACUUCCAGGCAGUCUGAAAAUGAUGUCAGAAGAGCUAAAAAAAAAAAAGAGAAAAAGAAGAGCUUCUAAUAAAGCAGCCUUUCCGAAGCCUGGGUGAGGCCCACCUUGGUACCUGGAA